AUGGUCUACUCAUGGUAUUUUUAUUUAAAGCAGCGACAGCUCCAGCGAUACAUAGCUGCUGCAGCAGCAGCAGCAGCAGCAGCUGCUGCUGCUGUUGUAGCAGCAGCAGCAGCAGUGAUACAUAGCAGCAGCAGCAGCUGCUGCAGCCGCAGCAGCGGCAGCAGCAGCAGCAGCAGCAGCACGUUGAAGCAGCGACAGCUCAAGCGAUACAUAGCUGCUGCUGCUGCAGCAGCAGGUGCUGCUGCUGCAGGAGAUAGAGCUGCUGCAGCAGAAGAAGCAGCAGAAGCAGCAGCAGCAGCUCCUGCAGCACCAGGAACUGCAGCAGCAGCAACUGCUGCAGCAGCAGCAGCAGAUACAACAGCAACUGCAGCAGCAGGUGCAGCAGCAACUGCAGCAGCAGAUAUAGCAACAACAGCAGCAGCAGCAGCAGCAGCAGCAACAGCAACAAUUGGAGGAGUGCUGCUGCAACUAGCGACACCACCAAUGCUUCAUAGACAGCAGCAGCUGCAGCAGCAGCUGCAGCAGCAGCAGCAGCAGCACUACUGCUGCAGCAGCUGCAGCAGCAGCAGCAAAUACACUUUGUUGUAUAUAGGAGCAGCAGCAGCAGCAGCAGCAGCAGCAGCAGCAGCAACAUCUGCCGCUCCUAAUUGUCACAGCAGCUUCACAAGGCUGCGCAUUCUGCUGCUGCAGCAGCGGCAGCAGCAGCAGCAGCAACUGCAGCAGCAGCUGCAGCAGCUGAUGCUGCCGCAGGGAAUAGAGGCAUCGGGAUACCCGAGACAGCCGCAGAAGAAAAAAUAG